GCCUAGCAUUAAGUUUACUUUUUUAUCCCCAGACUGACUGACAAAUGUUGUGCAUCGGUAACGUCAAUAUAAGAAUUCCGGAAUUGAUAGAAACCUUGUGGAAUCCAUCGUCGCAGGCUUUUACACAAAAUUCAAAACAAAAGAAAGAUCAACAAAAUUAAGGGAAAAUUUUACUCAAAUUUUAGUACCACCAGCGGACCAGCGCACCCUCGAAGCCAAAGCCAAAGUCAUGAGUGAACAUAAGCGAAGGAAGACAACAGCUGACGUGGGACACGGAAAGACUCCAUUUGGACGGCAGGUGGACAGCAUGCAGGACAUGCUGAAGAGAGUCGAAAUGUACGGCAACAAGCUGAAUGCUGAAAUUGUCAACAUCAAGCGGCUGGUGAGGACCAAUCAAAAUGUUGUGGCCCAGCUGAAGGCCAACGAGCAGACUCUCAAGUCGCUGAUGCGAGAGAAAAAGAAACAGAAACCUGAACCAGUUCGGGCUGAGCAAAGAUCUUCGAAGCAGCUCGCGGAAGUGCGAUCAAAAUUGAAUUCCAUUUCCCAGGAGUUGGAACGCUUGCGCCCGCCCAGUUCGAGCAGUCGCGCAGUAGUGAAAAGCAGCCCACGUCGUGAGGCUUGCAAGGUAGCCAGCAUCAAAGAAAUAUGCUCGGCACAAUGCAAGCCCACGACGGAGGGCUGCUCACCACGAAUGGAAGCGGGAACGGUCGGGUGCGCCACAGAGCUGCAAAGCGAAAGAGCAGCGCUGUUUAAAGCACUCAAAAGGGACUUGGCUGAUCGACAGAGGGGUGGAGGUCGGGAUCCUGUAGCGACGUUGACGACGGAUUUUCGAAAUGCCCAGCUGCAACGCCAUCAAACGCUGAUUGGAAGAGUCGAAAACAUUUUGGAGAGCGUUGAGAAUAUGGACAUGAAAACGGAGAUCGUUUCGGAUGUGAAGAUUCUGUGCAACUUGGUGCGGAACGCUCUUAUUCAGCGAAAGAAAAGUCUUCUCCAGAUCGACUGCCAACAGCCGCGACGCAGCGAAAAGUUGAAGCAGGAAAAUAAUUUCCCCAGAGGCACAUUCUCGAAAGUCUGUCAGACGGGCCACAUAAAUCCGUACAUGUAGGAAUAUUUAUAUAGAAAUAAAAUACAAAAUAUAUAUCGCAUCGAUUCGAUUGUUUGCUGCAUUUGUUAUCGAUAACAAACAUCUGGCGUAGCAUACAUUUUGGCGCUGCAAGCGCAUGCGUGGAUAAUAAUUGAUUCAUUUUCAUUUCAUUCUUUGUGUUGGGCCCCCCAGAAUGGAACCCUUUGAAGCAGCACACAUAUAGUUCCAGACAGCCUCGUCUUGGAUUGUCAAUGUCAACAGUCGCUGGGCAAAUAACAUAUGGAGACAUUCAGCAUGGACUUGGACUUGGAUUUGGAUGCGGCUGGCGCAAGUGGAGGAGCAGUCAGUGUCAGCCAAUAUGAGUUGUCCUACGGCGACCAUAUGGACACCUACAACGUUGAGACCUCCGCUGUUCAUCGUAAGUUGCAGAGCAAAGUGGAGGCCUUGAGAAUACUGCGGCAGGAGUUGGAGCAAUUUCGCGUGGAAAGGGAUCAAUAUAAGCUCAUGGCGGAGACCCUGCAGCUGCGCUACUCUGCCCUGAAGCGGCACAGCGAACUUGGGAGUGUGGCAGGAAAUGGCUGUGGACCACUGAGCCAGAACUCCAGUCUUGCCGCGCUGCUGCACGAGACGCGAGAGCAGAAUCUCAAGCUAAACACCGAAGUGGAGGGGCUGCGACAGCGGCUGAACGAGCUGCAGGGCGACAUGGAGCUGCUGCGUGAGACGGAGGCCAGCAACAAGUCGCGGGUGCAGGCCAUGGCCAGCGAGAAUGCGGCACGCAACAAGGAGGAGCUGCAAUGGCGACGCGAGCGAGCGAAUUUCAUUUGCCACCUGGAGAAUCUGAAGAAGCGAAAUGCACAGUUGGCGUUUGAUUUCAAGGCGAUCAUCGACGAGAAGGAGGAACUCAUCACAGAGCGCGAUGCGUACAAGUGCAAGGCGCAUCGCCUGAACCACGAACUGUUUGUGGCAUUGAGGGCCAAGAAAACGCAUCCCAAGCUGCUGGACAUUGAUGGCGUACUGCUGGAGAACAAGUACCUGCACGAGCGUGUCAAGAUCCAGGAGGGUGAGCUGGAACUGACCAAACAGAGCGUUUCCAAGUACAAGACCAUGUUGGAUGCGAAGCGCAAGAAAGGACUUGUCAAACUUGGCGGUGGCAGCAGCAGCACAAACGAUGAGACCAUUUUGAGCCCCAGGCAAGUCAAGACAAUUCUGGAGAGCGGCAUUGACUUGCCACAGAAAACGGAGACCAUACAUGACCUGAAAUCCUUGUGCUUGGCGCUGCUCGAUAACCUAAACGACAAGAACCUGGCGCUGACGCAUCAGAAGAAGACCAACAAAAUACUCGCUGGCAAAAUGACAGACUUGGAGCAACGCUGGCAGCAGCUGCUGGCCGGGGAUAGUGCCGAUGCCUCGCCGGACCAGGAGGAUGAUGAGGAGUAUGGGUAUGCGCCCUCGCAGCUGCUGCUCAAUGGCUAUUGCGCCGCUAUGGUGGAUGACAUAGACAUCAGCAGCAUUCCGUCCACGGCUGCAGAUAAUGCGGGCGGCACACUGACUCCGGAGGAGCCGCAGGAGGAGAAAAACAAGCACAAGCCGAGCAGAAUCGAGGCGCUGCACUCUGACGAUGGCAUGUCAUCGCUCUCCACUGAGUCGGUGGACUCUUCCGUGUACGAAGUGGAUGUGCAGCGUGAGGACUUCCAUAAAUCUUCCUCGGCCACCACAGACUCCGGCAAUUGUGGCUUUGGCACUCGCAGCAAUGGCACGCCGCGCAUCUCCAGCGCUGUGGCAAGGGAGCGUAUGGAGGAUCUGAAGGAUUUGCCACCGCACUUGGCCACCCUGGUGCAGAAGGCACUGCACGAGCUGGACCUGCGGGAUUACGAGGCAAUGGUCACGAUACAAGCGGAACAUGUGGCCACCAUCCAUUAAUAGCAAAACACUAGUCCUAUAUUUCUAUAUAUUUUGAAGCCGAAGAGAGGACUUUAAUAGAACCAUAUCGUGAAUGUUGACAAGAUGCCGUUCU